AUGUACACGGUUAUCAUCGGCGGAAACAGCGGAUGUAGAAUCAGUAGUCUCAACAAGGGUCAAUAUUGGAUACCUACACCUUCUCAGAUUCUCAUUGGCCCUACGCAGUUCUCUUGUCCUGUUUGCUUCAAAACCUUCAACAGAUACAACAACAUGCAGAUGCAUAUGUGGGGGCAUGGAUCGCAAUACAGAAAAGGGCCCGAAUCUCUAAGGGGAACGCAACCAACUGGAAUGCUGAGGCUUCCCUGCUACUGCUGUGCACUGGGCUGUCGCAACAACAUUGACCAUCCAAGGGCAAAGCCUCUCAAAGACUUCAGAACACUUCAAACGCAUUACAAGAGGAAGCAUGGAAUCAAACCCUUCAUGUGUAGGAAAUGUGGAAAGUCUUUCGCGGUCCGAGGGGACUGGAGAACACAUGAGAAGAACUGUGGCAAGCUUUGGUAUUGCAUUUGUGGAUCUGAUUUCAAGCACAAGCGAUCUCUGAAAGAUCACAUCAAGGCUUUUGGAAAUGGCCAUGGAGCUUAUGGUAUUGAUGGAUUUGAUGAAGAAGAUGAGCCUACCUCUGAGAGACAUAUUUGCUCGUUGAAGUAACAUUACACCUCUUUUUCUGUGCAUGAUUUUCUCCCGACUGUGGCAUGUAGAUACACAGAUAGAUAAUAAUCUAAUUUUCAUUUAUGUAAAA